AUGUCAAAAAUUGCGAAUCUUGAUUUCAGUGCUUUGAAAAGCAAUGGUGACAACUACCUGGAAUGGGCGCUUGAUGCAAAGAUCAUGCUACGAACAAAAGAUCUUGGUGACACAAUCACCGAAGACAACAAUUCCAGUGACAAAGACAAGAAUAGAGCUAUCUACAUGAUGCGCCACCAUUUCCAAGAGAACUUGAAAACUCAGUACAUGACCAUGGAAAAUCCAUAUGACCUUUGGAUCGCAUUACAGCGAAGAUAUGACCACCAGAAAACAGUGUUGCUUCCAAAGGCUCAAUAUGAUUGGAAACACAUAAGGUUCUUGGACUACAAAUCAGUAGACGAGUACAACUUAGUCCUGUUCAGAAUUGUGUCCUUGUUAAGUGAGAUGAGACCUCCUGGUACAGCUCCAUUACCCGACAUCUCUAAGCUGGCUAUAGAGCCAAAGAAAGAGAGUAACCUUGUCCAACACAAUGACCAUCCUGGUCCAAACCGUGGAAGAAGUCAAGGACGAGGUCGUGUUCUUUUAAAGCACACGGGCGAGGACGUGGUUGCGAUCAAAGCUGAUCGAUGCCACAGAUGUGGUAUGGGUAAUCAUUGGGCAAAGAAUUGCCAAACUCCUAAGCAUUUGUGUGAGCUUUACAUGGAGAGCUUAAAAAGAAACCCGGAAGCUAACAUGGUUCGAGACCCGGGAUAUGAUGAUGAUGAUGAUGAUGAUGACUUGGAAGACGUCCAGGAUCACCAGCACGAGUCAGACAAAGUUGAUCACAUGGGGUUUGAAACUUCAGACAUAAUGAAAUAA